CAAGAUAAGGUUGGUUUCACUAUAUCUCCUCCUCCUCCUCCUCCUCCUCCAGAGUCCAAAGCUAUAAGCUUUUGCUUCAAAUUUCCUAAAACUUCACACCCUUUUUGAUUUUAUGAAAAAUUAAUCCCCAGAAAAUGGCGGUCGCGUCUAUGAGUUUCAACCUAGUCGGAGCAUUCAGAGGUAUGGCUCUGAGCUCAAGCUCUUCCUCUUCCUCCUCUUUCUUCAGAGGUGAUUUGGGCUCCGUCCAAUUGGGCCCAAAGCUAUCCUUGUCUACUACUAGCCAACGCAGAUUGCCAUUGACGAUUCAAAACGCGCACAAGAAAGGAGCUGGUAGUACCAAGAACGGUCGCGAUUCCAAAGGCCAAAGGCUCGGGGUUAAGAUUUACGGUGACCAGGUCGCCAAGCCCGGCUCCAUCAUCAUACGUCAGCGGGGCACCAAGUUCCAUGCGGGGAAGAAUGUGGGGCUUGGCAAGGACCAUACCAUUUUCUCUCUGAUUGAUGGGUUGGUUAAGUUUGAGAAGUAUGGACCUGACAGGAAGAAGGUGAGUGUUUACCCUCGGGAGAUACAGCCUGAAAAUCCCAACAGCUACAGGGUUAGGAAGAGGGAGAACUUCAAGCUACAACGCGAGAAAAAGAAAGCAAGAAAGGAAGGCUAUAUUCUUCAAAACAAACCACAACUGGUGCUUGCAUCUGCUGAUAAUGGUGCAGAGACCAAUCCUCUUUGUUGAUUGUUGCUAAUCUCGUAUAUGAAGUGCUAUCAAAGGGAGCAUAAUUCUUUCCUUUUUGUAUAAUUUUGUGUUCAAAUCACUGAGAAGUCUCUAGUGUUGUACCAAGUAUGCAGAUUUUAGUCCCUCUCUGAUGUACUUCUCGCUUCUGUGGAAGAUAAAAUUCGUUAGUGCAAUACAGCGGCUUUUACUUCGUUAUUGAACUUCA